GCCUGGGCCCCACCCAAUUUCCCAAUGGCAGCAGGCACCGAACGACCGUUAGACGGCUCUGGAUCAUGCCCGAACGCGGCCAGCAAAGGGAGGAGAUAGAGAAGUUACAUCGAUCGUAGCCACAGUUGGAGAUGUUGCGGUGUCUGGUUGGAGUAACAAGUCCUGUGCGAAAUUUUUAUUCACCUUUCGAAAACAGUUGUCCGUGUGGCUUUGGUCGGUGAAUGUGGCCAGUUCUGGAUUUUCUGGAUCGAAUGAAGGCGACAGUGUGAGCGUCGUUAGUGAAACUGAAAGUUGAGCAGCGUUUGGGACUAAUCGGUGCUGUUUGUGUUGGAAACUUGCCGGUGGUGCUUCCAGUUGCCCGAUGCCAGCAAGCAUCGAACGAACGUCGGGGUGCCCCGGAUCAUGUCCGAACUUCCUGCUGAAGCUCUACAAGAAAGGCGUUCGACCGGAAGACAUUGGCAUUAUCACACCGUACCAACAGCAGGUCAAGACAAUUCGGCGUAUUCUGGAUGAAAGUAAUUUGCAGAAACCAAAAAUCGGAAGCGUGGAGGAAUUCCAAGGCCAGGAGCGUAUGGUGAUUAUUAUAUCUACUGUGCGAACUUCGAAAUCGCUGCUGCAAAGCGACCUGCAGCAUGCACUUGGUUUCAUUGCCAGCCCAAAGCGCUUGAAUGUGGCCAUCUCCCGUGCACGGGCGCUGCUUUUGAUCUUCGGUAGCCCUCAUCUGCUGUCAGCGGACAAACACUGGCGAAAUCUGUUGUUCAGGACGAUUAAUUCCGGUUCGUACUGUGGGUGCGAUCUUCCCGAGCAUAUUGAUCCCACGGAGCCAGCGCUGAAUGGCGACGCACACAAGGAGGAGUGAACUAUUGUGUAACGGUUGGAGUUUGAUUACUUAUAAACGCGGGUUCGUAUAUGCUACAUCCGAAUACCUCGAACGAACUGCAGUGUAUCGUAUUAUUAUGAGAUGUAUCAUUUCUGAAUUUAAUUUUUAUGUUUGAAACAAAUAAAAUAAAUGAGAUUAAUUUUAAA